AUGCAAGCAGUAAAUGAUGGUACAGUUAACAAUAUGCUGCACAUUGAGUGCAAACAUGUAGACGAUAAUGUAAGGAAUGCUGAAACCCGCUCGGCUCCAGGGGAUCUCGAGAAGCCAUCAUCUUCUCGAGAGUAUCACUUCUCCCGUAAUGCUAUUGGCAAUAAUUCCGAAAGAUCAGAAUCACCAGGAUCUGGUGGUUUUAAUGACAAAUCUCAAUUAUCUAAGUCAGAAGAGUCCAAAAAAAGACCCGCUGGACAUUAUAGAAAUUAUAAUAAUGGUUUUGCGUCGGGUCCACCAUGGCCAAUGCAAAAACGAGAAAAGCCUUGGUCAACAGUAUGUGUGUGGCAAAAGCAACAACAAAUUCAGGCUAUCGAAAAAGAGAUCAAUGUUAUGGCAACAGAAUCCUUGGUUGGGAUACGGAAUUGGAGGCCUAAAUGGUUGCAGCGGUUUGGUAAAAGAAAUUGGAUGUUGUUGUGGUUAUGUUGGUUUUGUACAGUACAGGGAUUGCUUGUAAAUGGUUUGGUCCCUUCGGCAAUAACUUCUAUAGAACGAAGAUUUCAGUUCAACUCAUCAACUAUAGGUCGUAUCAUGCAGUUCUACGAUUUUGGCUAUGUACUUUUGUGUAUACCUGUUUCUUACUUUGGUGGACGUCAUUCAAAACCAAUGGUGCUUGCAGCGGGAUUAUUACUGAUGGCAUUAGGCAGCUUUAUUUUUACAAUGCCACACAAUUUCUCUGAUUCAUAUACUUCUACCCAUAAUGCUCAUGAACCUACAUUUAGUAAAUGCCAUCCUUCACAUACAUCUUCCGGACUCAGAAAAAAUUAUGCUCUACUAAAUAAUUCACUUUAUGCACUAAUGUCAGCGGCUAGUGCUGAAGCUUUACGAAGCUGUCCAUCUCCCGAAAAUCAGCCCGGUACGUUCCGAUACGUGUUUCUAUUUUGUCUUGGUCACUUUCUUCAUGGUAUUGGUGCAACACCACUGUUCACUCUUGGUGUUAGUUAUAUCGAUGAAAAUGUUGGCCCAACUCUUUCUUCGCUUUAUCUUGGUAUUUUCUAUGCCUUUGCAAUAUUUGGUCCGGCUUUUGGCUUCCUAAUGUCUAGUUCAUUUUUGCGCUAUCACACAGAUUUCUUGCAAUCAGAGCUUCAUAUCAAGAUUUUAAAUAUCGAUGAAACGGAUCCAAAAUGGGUAGGUGCUUGGUGGAUUGGCUUUCAGAUAGCUAGUAUUUUAGCUUUAAUUGCCGUUUUUCCCAUAUUGGUCUUGCCGAAAGUCCUUCCGGAAUCACUUAAAUGGCAUCGAACACGUUUACAUGAAGAAACGAUAGGCAGUACAAAAAAACGUAGUGCAGAAUGUUGCGGUAUUCCAUCUACCAGCAAAACAGCUGCAAUUUGUGGACCUCUUUUGCCAGCGGAAAGUGAAGGUGCAACAACUGUUCAAACUAUAACAAUUGGAGAAUCAAUGCCAGCACUACAGAAUAAUCGUGGUCCAUUCUGGUACCACAUAUGGCUUGACGUACGACAUAUACCAAUAGCUAUCUAUAGAAUAAUAUCUAAUGGUAGUUAUAUGCUUAUAACUUUUGCCAUGGCUGUUGAUGGAUUUAUUAUAACGGGUGCAUCGACAUUCAUGUCAAAGUAUCUUGAACGACAGUUCAGCGUUGCACCAAGCAAAGCAAAUAUGUUGAUUGGUUGUAUAAUGGUUCCAAUGGCUGGAAUAGGUACAAUGUUCAGUGGUUUCAUCGUUCAACGAUUUCGUUUAAGCUGUGUUAAAACUUUGAAAUUUUGCAUAGCAUUACUAAUGUGUACGCUUAUCUUAUCACCAAUGUAUCUUGUUUAUUGUGAUCACGAUCCACUUGCUGGAAUUGAAGAGCAUUAUGAAAUGGACGUCGCUUCAAAUUCAGAUCAGAAUAAUAAUGCUACAGAAAUGCUACCAUCUCUAAAAUCCACCUGUAACCGUCAUUGUGACUGUGUUCCAAGUGAAUAUCAUCCAGUAUGUGCUGAGUUUUAUAAUGAAAAGCAAAUCUCUUUCUAUUCGCCAUGUUUCGCCGGUUGUCAGCAAAAUUAUGAACCGCUCAGAAAGAUGUAUUACAACUGUUCAUGUGUGCCUGAAAAUACUAGAUUUGGAUAUCGGACUGUUAAGAAUGGAUUGUGUGAAUCAAAGUGUAGAGGACUUUUUGCAUUUCUUGCUCUAUUUGCUCCGUUCUGUUUUUUUGCAUUUGCUGUUGGAGUUCCAUUAAUUUCAGUAGUGUUAAGAACAGUUGAUUAUGCUGAGCGUUCAUUUGCGCUUGGAAUUCAGUGGAUUUUGGUGAGAGUUAUUGGCACUAUUCCUGCACCAGUUCUUUUUGGAUGGAUGUUUGAUGUGUCGUGCAUUCGUUACAAUUUAGAUGUUUGCUCCGGAAAACAAGGAAGCUGCAUGCUAUAUCAGAAUAAACUUUUGGCCGAUCUUUUUCUUGCUUUCAGUGUGAUUGGUCAGACAAUUGCCAUGGUGUUCCUAAUUUGCACAUUAUUAUUUUUCUCAUCCCAAAUGCGUGACGAUCCAUUGCCAACAGAAGCGGUCAUUGAGAAUUCAGAAUUGAAUCAAGUUAAUGAAGAAGCAGAAGUGAAUGUGCUGAAACAGCACCAGAAAUAG